GACCCCCAGUGGCCCUGCGGCAAACACAAACGAGUGCUGAUCUUCGCCUCUUACAUGACGACGGUUAUAGAAUAUGUCAAACCGUCUGAUCUGAAGAAAGAUAUGAACGAGACUUUUAAGGAGAAGUUUCCUCACAUUAAACUCACCCUCAGCAAAAUCCGAAGCCUAAAGAGAGAGAUGAGAAUAGUCGGGGAGGACUGCGGCCUGCAGCCCGUCACCCUCGCGAUGGCAUACGUCUACUUUGAAAAGCUGGUGCUGCAGGGGCGCCUCAACAAGCAGAACAGGAAGUUGGUCUCAGCUGCAUGCAUCCUAUUGGCAGCUAAGAUCAGCAGUGACCUCAAGAAACAGGAAGUCAAACAUCUAAUUGACAAGCUGGAGGAGCGUUUCAGGAUCAGCAGGAGGGAGCUCAUAUCAUUCGAGUUCACCAUCCUGGUCGCCCUGGAGAUGGCGCUCUACCUCCCAGAGAGCAAAGUCAUGCCACAUUUCAGACGGUUGGUGCAGCAGCAGCAGGUAUAGCAGUGCCUGGCUCAGCGGCACUGCAGCACACUUCUCCGCCUCUGCAGAGAACCUCAGCACCUUCGAGCUGCAGCACUGUGACGGAUCAGUUCUCAUGAUGCCUGGCUCAAAGGCUCAGACGCCACCCAGGAAUCAUCCUCCUCCUUCCUGCGCACUACAGCAGACUUCAGCCACACUGUCGUGGCAGCAAACGGCUCAAAGACGUCACUGCAGAGAAAAAGUUUUCUUCCUCUCCUCCGUGAAAAACCAAAGUGAUCACACACUGUGACUGACGGUUCAAUCACUGGAGGUCAAAUCAAAAUCAGGAAAAUUCAGGUUUUCUUCCUCCAGCAUUAUUUUUAUAGUGUAGGUCAUCAUAACUGUGGGUUUUAAAAAUGUACAAAAAUGUACAUGUAAAAAAAAAAAACAAAAACAGACUGUGCACCUUGAAAAACCAAAAACAAAAGACAGACAGAGGGAGAAAUUUGCUUUGAACAAAACCAGAACUGUCGGACUCUGAAAAAACCUUUCUUUUUAGGUUCUUUAUUUUAGCUUUAUUAGAAAUAUUACGAGUAACACUGACACACAUGCAUCAGAUAAUCAUAUUUUUUAUGGCUGAAAAUAGUGCUGAGUGUUUUCAGCAACUGAUACAAACCGUUAUGAGGACGCUGCCAGUGACUGAAAAAGGCUGCGAGUUCUGUUUUUGAGAAGAGCAGCAGAGUGGUUUCUUUUCUGGUUUGCUUCUGCUUUAUCCUUUAUCCUCAUGACUUCAUGCAAUACAUUUAUUUCAUGAAGUCAAAAUCUUUCUUCAAGCCUGAACAUCUGGCUGCUUUUGCUUCAGCCUGUAUUUGUUUUGUAAGGUUUAUCCUGCCCUGUUAUCAGGAUAUUUGC